GGUGGCGGUGGUGUCGGCGGCCGCCCCCGGCCCCUCCGCCCCGCCGCCGCCCUCGCACCAUGCGCAGCGCCCGGGCGCUGCUGCUCGCCCUCGCUUUGCGGGUUUGCGCGUUGGACACCGAGACGCCCUCCGCGGGCUGCACCUUCGAGGAGGACGACGAUCUGAACCAGUGUGAGUACAGCCAGGGUGAGGAUGAUGACUUCGGGUGGGAGUUGGUCCGCAGCUACAUGAUGCCACACCUGACGGCCGACCUGCCCCACGGCUCCUACCUGAUGGUGAACGCCUCGCAGCAUGCCGCCGGUCAGCGGGCCCACCUGCUCUUCCAGGCGCUGAGCGAGAACGACACGCACUGCCUGCAGUUCAGCUACUUCAUGUACAGCCGCGAUGGCCACAGCCCUGGCACCCUCAGUGCCUACGUGCGGGUGAUGGGGGGCCCGGUGGGCAGCGCGGUCUGGAAUGCCUCAGGCUCCCACGGCCGCCAGUGGCACCAGGCUGAGCUGGCCGUCAGCUUGUUCUGGCCCAGCGAGUACCAGGUCCUCUUCGAGGCGGUGAUCUCCAGCGAGCGCCGGGGCUACCUGGGCUUGGAUGACAUCCUGCUCUUGAAUUAUCCGUGCUCAAAAGCCCCUCACUUCUCCCGCCUGGGUGACGUGGAGGUGAACGCGGGGCAAAAUGCCACCUUCCAGUGUGUGGCUGCUGGCAAGGCUGCCGAGGCAGAGCGCUUCCUCAUGCAGAGGCAGAGUGGCGAAGUGGUCCCCGCUGCCUCCGUGAAGCACAUCAGUCACCGGCGCUUCCUGGCCACCUUCCAGCUGGACGAAGUGUCCAAGGGUGAGCAGGACCUGUAUCGCUGUGUCACCCAGUCCAGCCGUGGCUCUGGGGUCUCCAAUUUUGCUGAGCUCAUUGUGAAAGAGCCUCCAACACCCAUCGCACCCCCCCAGCUGCUGCGGGCUGGCUCCACUUACCUCAUCAUCCAGCUCAACACCAACUCCAUCAUCGGCGACGGCCCCAUCGUGCGCAAGGAGAUAGAAUACCGCAUGACCUCGGGGCCGUGGUCAGAGGUGCACGCUGUCAACAUGCAGACCUACAAACUCUGGCACCUGGAUCCUGACACAGAGUAUGAGAUCAGUGUCCUGCUGACACGGCCUGGUGAAGGGGGCACAGGCAAACCGGGACCCCCCCUCAUCAGCCGCACCAAGUGUGCAGAGCCCAUGCGGGCCCCUAAAGGCCUGGCUUUCUCCGAGAUCCAAUCCAGGCAGCUGACAUUGCAAUGGGAGCCUCUGGGCUACAACCUGACCCGCUGCCACACGUACAGCGUCUCGCUGUGCUAUCGCUACCUGGUGGGCAGUGGCCUCAACCAGACCUUCCGUGAGUGUGCCAAGAUGGAGCGCAACGCCAACCGCUACACCAUCAAAAACCUGCUGCCCUACAGGAACAUCCACGUCAAGCUCAUCCUCUCCAACCCCGAGGGCCGUAAGGAGGGCAAGGAGGUGACGUUCCAGACGGAUGAGGACGUGCCUGGUGGCAUCGCCUCUGAGUCACUCACGUUCACCCCUCUGGAGGAUAUGAUCUUUCUGAAGUGGGAGGAACCGGUGGAGCCCAAUGGCCUCAUCACGCAGUACGAGAUCAGCUACCAAAGCAUUGAAUCCUCUGACCCAGCAGUCAACGUGCCCGGCCCGCGACGCACCGUCUCCAAGCUGCGCAAUGAGACUUACCACGUCUUCUCCAACCUGCACCCUGGCACCACCUACCUCUUCUCAGUUCGUGCCCGCACAGGCAAGGGCUUUGGGCAGACAGCACUCACUGAGAUCACCACCAACAUAUCUGCUCCUACCUUCGACUAUGGGGAUAUGCCAUCACCACUGGGCGAGUCAGAGAGCACGAUCACGGUGCUGCUGCGGCCAGCACAGGGCCGGGGGGCUCCCAUCAGUACCUACCAGGUCAUUGUGGAGGAAGACCGGCCCAAGAGGAUCAAGCGGGAGCUGGGUGGGCAGGAGUGCUUCCCGGUGCCACUGACGUUUGAUGAUGCCAUGUCUCGUGGCUCUGUGCACUAUUUUGGGGCUGAGCUGCCUGCUAGCAGCCUCACUGAAGCCAAGCCGUUCACUGUAGGGGACAACCAGACCUACAGUGGCUACUGGAACCCGCCACUGGAGCCCAAGAAGGCCUAUCUCAUCUAUUUCCAGGCCAUGAGCAACCUCAGAGGGGAAACCCGGCUCAACUGCAUCCGCAUCGCUCGCAAAGCUGCCUGCAAAGAGAGCAAACGGCCUCUGGAGGUGUCUCAGCACUCAGAGGAGAUGGGGCUGAUCCUGGGAAUCUGUGCUGGUGGGCUCGUUGUCCUCAUUAUCCUGCUGGGAGCCAUCAUCGUUGUCAUUCGGAAAGGGAGGAACUACUAUUCUUACUCCUAUUACCCCAAACCUGUCAACAUGACCAAAGCAACAAUUAAUUACCGCCAUGAGAAGACACACAUGAUGAGUGCCAUCGACAGGAGCUUCACGGACCAGAGCACGCUGCAAGAGGAUGAGAGGCUGGGGCUGUCCUUCAUGGACACCCACAACUACAGCAACCGUGCAAUGAGGAGCAUCAGUUCUCGUGCAAACCCAAAUUUCAGGAUCGUGUGUGCUGGCCAUGCAGCAGCCCUGUGGGGUGACCAGCGCAGCAGUGUGGUCAAUGAGUCCAGCAGCCUGCUGGGGGGCUCUCCUCGCCGCCAGUGUGGCCGCAAAGGGUCCCCAUAUCACACAGGGCAGCUGCACCCUGCUGUGCGCGUGGCCGACCUCCUCCAACACAUCAACCAGAUGAAGACAGCAGAAGGCUAUGGCUUCAAGCAGGAGUACGAGAGCUUCUUUGAAGGCUGGGAUGCUUCAAAGAAGAAAGACAAGACCAAAGGGAGGCAGGAUCAUGUGUCGACGUAUGACCGCCACCGUGUGAAGCUCCAUCCUCUGCUGGGUGAUCCCAACUCGGAUUACAUCAACGCCAACUACAUUGAUGGUUACCACAGGUCCAACCACUUCAUUGCCACCCAAGGUCCCAAGCAGGAGAUGGUGUACGACUUCUGGCGCAUGGUGUGGCAGGAGCACUGUUCCAGCAUCGUGAUGAUAACCAAGCUGGUGGAAGUGGGCCGGGUGAAAUGCUCCAAAUACUGGCCGGAUGACUCGGAGAUGUAUGGGGACAUCAAGAUCACCUUGAUGAAGUCAGAGAUGCUGGCAGAGUACGCCGUGCGGACCUUUGCUCUCGAGAGGCGAGGUUACUCAGCCCGGCACGAGGUGAAGCAGUUCCACUUCACAUCCUGGCCUGAGCACGGUGUCCCCUAUCACGCCACGGGGCUGCUGGCCUUCAUCCGCCGUGUGAAGGCAUCCACACCACCCGAUGCUGGCCCCAUCGUCAUCCACUGCAGUGCUGGCACGGGGAGAACUGGCUGCUACAUCGUUCUGGAUGUCAUGUUGGACAUGGCCGAGUGUGAGGGUGUUGUGGACAUCUACAACUGUGUGAAGACACUGUGCUCACGGAGGAUCAACAUGAUACAGACAGAGGAGCAGUACGUCUUCAUCCACGAUGCCAUCCUGGAAGCCUGCCUGUGUGGUGAAACCAGCAUCCCUGCCAGCGAGUUCAAGCCCACCUACAAGGAGAUGGUGAGGAUUGAGCCGCAGAGCAAUUCCUCACAGCUGCGGGAGGAGUUCCAGACCUUGAACUCGGUGACUCCCCACUUGGAUGUGGAAGAGUGCAGCAUCGCCCUCCUGCCCCGCAACAGGGAGAGGAACCGCAGCAUGGACGUCCUGCCGCCGGACCGAUGCCUUCCCUUCCUCAUCUCUGUGGAUGGGGACAGCAACAACUACAUCAACGCGGCCUUAACUGAUAGCUACACCAAGAGUGCUGCCUUCAUUGUCACCCUGCACCCACUGCAGAACACCACCACUGACUUCUGGAGGUUGGUGUAUGACUAUGGCUGCACUUCCAUCGUUAUGCUCAACCAGCUGAACCAGUCCAACUCUGCCUGGCCCUGCCUUCAGUACUGGCCUGAGCCUGGGCUCCAGCACUAUGGCCCCAUGGAGGUGGAGUACGUGUCAGGAGCAGCAGAUGAGGACAUCGUGUCCCGUCUCUUCCGAGUGCAGAACAUCACCCGGCUGCAGGAGGGGCACCUGAUGGUCCGGCACUUCCAGUACCUGCGGUGGUCGGCGUACCGAGACACCCCAGACUCCAAGAAGUCCUUCCUGCACCUCCUGGCCCAAGUGGAGAGGUGGCAGAAGGAGAGUGGUGAUGGCAGGACUGUGGUGCACUGCCUGAAUGGGGGUGGUCGGAGUGGCACCUACUGUGCCUCCACCAUGAUCCUGGAGAUGAUCAAGUGUCACAACAUGGCAGAUAUCUUCUAUGCUGCCAAGACCCUCCGCAACUACAAGCCAAAUAUGGUGGAGACCUUGGAGCAGUAUCACUUCUGCUACGACAUAGCACUGGAAUACUUGGAGUCCCUGGAGACCAGAUAGCACCUCGCCAGGAGGGCAAAGGCAGAGGUUUGCUUAGGGUUUGUGCCAAACUCACAUUUCUGCACUUGUGUCAGUGCUGAAGGAGAGGAGGGGGAAACAGCAAAGGACCACAAAAGGACACAAAUCAGGAGCAACAAAAGGACCUGGGGAGGUGCUGCCUGUUCUCCAUCCCCUGCUCUCCGCCUUCCCUCCCACUGCUCCAAGUGCAUGGCCAAUGGGUCAAUGCUGCAUCUCACCUCAUCCCAUCCCUGCUGCGAUGUGGAGUUGGUGAGCACAGGAAGUGGCCCUUCAGCACUGCCUGGGCCUGCUCAGACACAUCUGGAACAGCUGGAGAAGACCCCAAGGAAAGGAGAGGACGGAAGGAUGCAAGCCUGUUUUGGCUGGAGGAAUAUUUGGGAAAGAAGAUCUUUUAAAAAUCGUAUUUGGAGAUGAAGCUGCUCUUCAAGGAGCCCCAGUGGUUCCGGUGUGUUUUGCUCUGCGUGGGGACUCUCUUUGCACUGGAGCAAAGCCCCUGAAGGAAGCUCACGGAUUUGUCUACUUAACACAAGCUUGGUUUCCACUGUUGUGUUUCUGUGAAUUGUGUCCUUCGUGCAUCCAGCCCUGGACAGAGGGGGACCCUGGGAUGGGAGGCAGGGGAUGUGUGAUGUCCCUGAUGGGGACCAGCCCAGAGCUCUCUCUGUGUCCUUUCCAAGCUGCAGCAGUGAUGUUUCUCCUAUGGCAUGUCUGUCUCCAUGCAGUUUUCUCCAUCCAUAGUAAUUAUUCCUUCCUGGGGGGCUCUAAGAGCUGGUCACACAUUCCUGGUGCCCACCCAGAAGCCCGGACCCUAAAGGCAAAAUCACAGGGCUGAUGUUUGAAGGCAUCUGAUGCCUUCUGCUUUCAUCCUGUUGCAGGCAGACAUCAGGUGCAGUGUUUGCUGUUUUAUCUGGAAAAGCCAGGUUGUCAUCAGGCAACGGGAGCAAGCUGUGGUGAGGGCUUUCUCUCUCCAAACAGCUCCAUAAAUGCACAGUGAAGGGAUGCAGGUUUGUCUUCAGGAGUUGGGGAUGCUGCUUAUCUCGGAGGCUGAGCGCAACCCUUUGUCAGUCAUUUUUUGGUGAAGUAGAGGAAAACAGAUGAGAAACCAGCAUCCUCAUGCUGGAAAUUGCACGUGGGAUCCACAUCUUUCAUUGCCAUCUGCCCCGGGCAGCAGAACCUUUCCACCUUUGCUGCCUUCAUACCUACAUCAUGAUCCAAAGCCCAGCAGAUGCUGUUUGGUUGCACCAGUCUGCAGCGUGAAGAUUUCAGAGCCAAAGUGGCUUCUCCAAGGAUGAGCAAACCCCUGAGAAACUUCCAGCUGCUCUCCAAGGGUGGAAGGUGAAAGGCCACAAGAUAAAUCUCUCCCUUUGGAGAGGAUUUGCCUGCGUACUUGGCUCACCCACGUCCUUGCUGAGUAACUUGCACAGCUUGACAACACUUUAUCCAAGGGCUAUGCAACACAUCCCCCUUUGUUUCCAUCCUUGCUGUGUGCCACUGUUGCCUUGUGACCACGCAGUCUCAUUGCUCCAGUUGGGGGUUGGUAACACAAGUGCUUUGGGUGAUGCUGGUGCUUUCAUUGCAGCUGCUGUGUGAGGUUGGUCAGCAUCCCCUUCUCUCCAGCACCAUGUCCAUGCUGCCCAGGGAAUGCAGGUGCUGUAUGGGAUUGCUGCUUGCAGAUGAAGUUUGGCCAGAAAAAAAAAAAAUAGUAGUGGAAAGGAAAAAAAGGUUCUAAACCCCAUUUAGUCCUGGGGAGAGAGAGCAGAGAAUGGAGGAAUUGCAGAUGUGUUUCAGACGUGAGGGUUUGUUUGUUUGUUUUCUUUUUUGUUUUUAAUAUUUCCUUGCUGGAUGUCUCUGGGUUUUUAGGACAGACUUUGGAAUCAAAGUGCUGUAGAAAUGAACGCAUCUCCAGCCUCUACUGAGAUGCUUACGUGACAAGAGGCGAGGGCAGCCUGUACAUAGGAAUAUAUAUAAAGAAAUAUAUAUAUAUAUAUAAAAAUAUAAAUACUGCUCUUAAGAUGGAUAAUGUUUAUUGGUAUUACAGGUUCGAGUGGUGCUUUUAUUUUUUCCCUUUAUAGUGUCUCCAUGGAGGGGACAUGAAGGACCCAGGUUGGGCACAGGAGGGACAUGUUUGAUGUGGGUUGUACCACACACAUCCAGCUGUUGCUGUUUCUUUGGUUUGGAUUAUUAUUAUUAUUAUUAUUUUUUAAUUAUUAUUAUUUUUGGCUUUCUUUCCUUUUAAGAAAAUCAGUUGCAUAAAUAAAUGUUCCAAAUUUGU